CGCCUCCGCUCUCCCUCCCUCUCGCCGCGCUCGCCCCCCGACGGCGUGCUCGCGGCCGACAGGGUGGGACAGGCGGAAGCGCUGAGACUGACAGACUCAGGUUUAUUUUCAGAAGCCGCUCGGUUGCCGUUUCUAAAAUGCCGGCUUAUCAUUCCACCCUCAUGGAUAGUGAUGUCAAACUGAUUGGAAACAUGGCGCUAUUGCCACUUCGAACCCAAUUUAAAGGACCAGCUCCCAAAGAAACCAAAGACUCUGAUGUCAUCGAUGAAGCAAUCUACUAUUUUAAGGCAAAUGUUUUCUUCAAAAACUAUGAAAUAAAGAAUGAAGCUGACAGAACCUUGAUUUAUAUCACCCUCUAUAUUACUGAAUGCCUCAAAAAAUUACAAAAGUGCAACUCCAAAAAUCAAGGAGAGAAGGAAAUGUACACCUUGGGGAUAACUAACUUUCCCAUUCCUGGAGAGCCAGGCUUUCCCCUCAAUGCCAUGUAUGCAAAGCCUGGACACAAGCAGGAAGAUGAGAUGAUGAGGGGUUAUUUGCAGCAAAUCAGGCAAGAGACUGGACUGAGACUUUGUGAAAAGGUGUUUGAUCAACAGACAGACAAGCCCAGCAAGUGGUGGACAUGCUUUAUAAAGAAGCAGUUCAUGAACAAGAGCCUAUCAGCACCAGGACAUUAAUAUCAUCACAAAUAUUAAAAUGAUACGUGCAACAAGUGAGAAACAUCAUACAGACAUGCUGUGCAGCAAGAUGUACAAAGUUUUUGCCUUGUUUUGUAUGAUUUUAUACUGGGGAUUGGAUAUAAUAAAAGUACGGUGUCAUUCUGAAGCGCGUUUUUAAAAAAGGUGAAUAUUACCUGCUUGGUCUAAUAUAAUUUACAUGAGCUUCUACUCAUACACUUGUUUAAUGUGUUCACGUGGCUCAUAUGUGCAUCUAAUAUUUGGUGCUUAAAUGGUGGUCAAUACAGAAGUUACAUAAAGUAAGCCUGCUGUUUAUGAUAUUUCAAAACUGUACCCUCACUGCUGGUUACUGCUCACAUCACAUUGCAUGUAAUGUCAGGUACAGGUAUAUAAUCAUCUGAUGCUGCUUGCACAACGAUAUUAGUAUUAAGAAUAAAGUGUUGGUAUUUCUUCUCUCCUGUAACUGGUAUUAGAAUACUACCAUAUGUAACCAUUUGUCGUUUAUUUUGGAUUUAUUUUCUGCUGUUUAACACAAUUUUCUCAGCUGUAUGGAACCAAAAUAGUUAAUUGAAACCUGUUUGAUUGCCAAGCUUUAAUAGGGAUUUAGCUGGCUUUCCAUAUUUUGGCAAAAAAUUAUGUUGAUUUUUUUUUAAGAAAAUGGACAAAUAAAAAUAUUGGACAUCA